GCUCCUGGGUGUUGGUCAUGGCUCGGACCAAGCAGACGGCGCGCAAGUCCACGGGCGGGAAGGCGCCCCGCAAGCAGCUGGCCACCAAGGCGGCCCGCAAGAGCGCGCCGGCCACGGGCGGCGUGAAGAAGCCGCACCGCUACCGGCCCGGCACCGUGGCGCUGCGCGAGAUCCGGCGCUACCAGAAGUCCACGGAGCUGCUGAUCCGCAAGCUGCCGUUCCAGCGCCUGGUGCGCGAGAUCGCGCAGGACUUCAAGACCGACCUGCGCUUCCAGAGCUCGGCCGUGAUGGCGCUGCAGGAGGCGUGCGAGGCCUACCUGGUGGGGCUGUUCGAGGACACCAACCUGUGCGCCAUCCACGCCAAGCGCGUCACCAUCAUGCCCAAGGACAUCCAGCUCGCGCGCCGCAUCCGCGGGGAGAGGGCGUGAGCUCCAUCCCACCCGCUUACACGGAAACCCAAAGGCUCUUUUCAGAGCCACCACAUUUUCCCUUAGGAGAGCUGUGCACAGAUUUAUGUGGCGCCUCAGCCCCACACUGGACGCCUUAUUUGCCCCAC